AUGGACAACAACUUAGAGAUAUACACUAAGGGCAGCACAUAUUGGAGACAGACAGGCAGAAAGAGGGUCUACCUGGACAUGGAUCACCUGUUGUUGCUGUUGCUUAUGAACUUAGGACUGCAGGCUGAAGGAAAACACAACUCAACAGAGUCUGUCAGGUUGGUGGGAGGAGAGAGCCGCUGUUCAGGAUCACUGGAGCUGAAACAUCAGGGAGACUGGAAACAAGUGAGUGACACUCACUGGAACCUGAAAAAAGCAGCAGUUGCCUGUAAAGAGUUGGACUGUGGCUCUGCUGUCUCUGUCGGGUGGAGAGAAGAAUCAUCUGCCAGAUCUGUGUGGAAGAUCAAAUAUGACUGUGUUCAGUCUGGAUCUGCUCUGAGGGAGUGUGCAAAAUCAGAUUCCUCUUCCACGACUGUUAAUGUCAACUGUUCAGAAUCUGUCAGGCUAGUAAAUGGGACUAGUGUGUGCUCAGGCAGACUGGAGGUGAAGACUAACCGGUCCCCCCAGCGGUGGUCCUCGGUGUGUGAAGCUGAUUUUGAUCAGCAGGAUGCAGAGGUGGUCUGUAGGGAGCUUGGCUGUGGGGCUCCUUCAGUCCUUCAGGGGGUGCAUUAUGGAAAAGUGCAAGCCCCAAUGUGGACCGAACAGUUCCAGUGUGGAGGCCCUGAGUCUGCUCUCCUGGACUGUAGAAGCUCAGGCUCAGAUAGAAACGUCACCUGCUCAUCUGGCAAAGUUGUCGGACUCACCUGCUCAGAGCCUGUUAGGUUGGUGGGAGGACACAGUCGCUGUGCAGGAAUAGUGGAGCUGAAACAUCUGGACUGGAAACCAGUGAUUAACUAUGACAUCACACCAGAGACAGCAGCCGCCACCUGUAAAGAACUGGACUGUGGUUCGGCUGUUUCUGUAGAUGGGAAAGAAGAGUCGUCAUACAGAGCUAUGUGGAGGGUCAGCUCUGACUGUGUUCAGUCUGGAUCUGUUCUGAGAGACUGUGUAACACCGUGGCCCUUUCACAUCACCCUGAAUCUCACCUGCUCAGAUCUGUUUCAGCCCAACAUCUCUGUGUCCUCGUCCAUGGAUGGGGUCUCUGAGGCCCUGAAUCAACGCUUUCGGGUGUUCAGAGGCUCUACCUUCAACAUCAGCUGCUCCAUUCAGCCACAGUACCCAGGAGGCUCCUUUCAGCUCACCUUUACCUCCUCGAACUCAGCACACAACUACACCCAACCAGCUGUCAAUCACUCUACCCACUUCCAGUUUCCAGCUGCAGAGCCCGCCCACCAUGGAAAAUACAGCUGUGUUUAUCACGUCUAUGUUUUAUCUCAUAACUUCUCAUCUGAGAGCCGUCUGCUCUCUCUUGCUGUCUCAGACCUACUGCUUCCACCUAACAUCUCCUUGAACGGGGACUCCAAGGCCCAGCAGCAAGGGCUUCAGGUGUUCAGAGGCUCUACCUUCAACAUCAGCUGCUUCAUUCAGCCACAGUACCCAGGAGGCUCCUUUCAGCUCACCUUUACCUCCUCGAACUCAGCACACAACUACACCAUGCCUGCUGUCAAUCACUCUGCCCAGUUCCUGUUUCCUGCUGCAGAGCCCGCCCACCAAGGAAGCUAUAGCUGUAUUUAUCACGUCUAUGUUUUAUCUCAUAACUUCUCCUCUGAGAGCGAUCUGCUCUCUAUCACUAUCAUAGAUCCGACACCUCUUAUCAUCAGAGCGGUCGUCCUGCCGCUGAUUCUGCUGUUGGUGAACGCUGCCCUUUAUCUUUACUGUAAGGCUAGCAGGGGACAGAAGACGGGCAUGCAGGAGAACAUUGAGCUGGAUUAUUAUAACCUAUAACCUGGGCGCCUCUGCAGCUGAAGGAGGGCCGAAAGGGGAAGGAGCUCAUCUACAUCCAAAUGGAUUUCUAACACACAACCCACCAUCAGCUCUUUCCUUAGCAUCAUUGGAUUCUACUGAAGAUGUAAUCUUUAAAAACACAUAAUAAUACAGUAUAAUGUUUCGUUUAAACUAGACAGAUAACGUGAGAGUACAGGAAUCCAAGCAGCUGGUGCAAUUUGAAACCAUGGCAACAUUGUUUGUGAACAAGUACUGCCUUUUAUUAUACUUUUGCCAAAUCCUGUCAGAAUUACAGCAAUCAAGAAAAGCAAAAAUGUAUCAUCCAUUUUGUUAAAUAAUGACACACUAGCGGCUUCAACAGAGAGCUGCAACCAUCUUGCUUUUCUUCAGAAAUGCAUCAACAGCCCACUUCUUUUCAGUCUUCUUUUCAAACACACACAUUAUAAGAUAAAUAAUUGUUAUUGACCCGUCAAAUCUGAAGUUGCUGGACAUUUGUCUGUACAAUAAGAAUGACCAGACGCAUCUGCCAGAGCAAAUAGAACAUGAGAUUUUAGAUUCAUCUGGUUCAUAGGCAAGGCUAGUGAAACAAAUGCAGGGUGCACCAGCUAUGUGUAAGUUCUCUCUAAAGUUUGGGUGUAAAGUCAUUAAAUGAUACAUUCAGAUUAGGCAAGGCAGCUUGGCAAGGCAAGGCAGCUUUAUUUGUAUAGCACAUUUCAGCAACAGGGCAAUUCAAAGUGCUUUACACAAAAUCAGUUAAACAGAUAAAACACAAGUAAAAACAGUUAAAAAUCAUAAGCAUUAAAAACUAAUAAAACACAUGAAUAGACAGUUAAAAACAAAAUAGAAACAUUAGGACACAUAAAACACAAGA